CCACGCUGCAGCCCACAACUUGGCGAGCAUCAACCCCGAUUGGUCGGACACUGUGUAGAAGGAGAAUCAAUCAUUUUGUGUUUUUCUCUCUCACUUUUUUUUUAAACAUCUCAAAUAACUCCAGAGUUUGUCCCGCAUAUGAAACAAACAUGACGUUCAGGAGGUUUAAAAAAGUCAACUCAAGCGACCCGGAGAGCGGACCCUCAUCUCAAGAAAAUGACAUUUAUUUCCCCUCGUCAAAAUCAGACAGCUGCAGGACUGUGGACUUACCGUCAAACUCCUCGGAGGUGUACAACUACAAGACUUUGGCGUACUCCGGUGGGACACUGCCCAGAAACUACAAGAAGGGCGGUGGACUGCAGAAAUGGAAACCCCUGACUCAAUCACCAGAACCACAAAGGAAGGUGGUGGUCCUGGAGAAGAAUGACGAGGAGACGUUCGGCUUUGAGAUCCAGACAUAUGGCUUGCACCACCAGGACCAGAACUCGGUGGAGAUGUGCACAUUUGUGUGUAAGGUGCACGACGACAGCCCUGCCCAGCAAGCAGGACUCAAAGUUGGGGACACCAUCGCAAGUGUGAACGAGGCCACCGUCGAGGGAUUUCGGCACAAGGAGAUUGUUCAGCUCAUCAGGGCCUGUGGCAACACAAUUAGGCUCGAGACGGUUUACAGUGACUCCAUCCGAAAAGCUGAGCUGGAAGCCCGGCUGCAGUAUCUGAAACAAACCCUGCAUGAAAAAUGGGACGAAUAUCGAUCGCUGAUGAUGCAGGAGCAGAGGCUUGUACAUGGGAUAGUGAUGAGUGACGCCGCCGUGUAUGAGUCCCUGGAGUCGGCAGGAGUGUACGGCAGUCUUGGGGCUCCCAGUCCAGCUGCCCUGAGGGCCCUCCGCUGCACCGGCAGCACCAGCAGCAGCGCCAGCUACCUCAGCACAGCCACCGAGGACGACCCGCUCUACCAGACCUGCGUGUACCAGGCGGACCGCAACACCGACUCAGACGGCACCAGCGCAGACAAAAAGAAAGAGCAGCAGCCGGCGCAGAGGCAGCAGCGUCUCCGACCGGCCAGCGAGCUCUUCACUACGGCCAAGACCCACCUGACCCGCAGCGCCAGCACCCGUAGCUACCUGAGAGGGUCUUCCCCGUCAUCGGCAGCUCCAGGGGAGAAGCAGGGGGGGUUCAACUCGCUGCAGAGAAAGCCCAAACAGAAAAGUUUCCGCAGGCGCCUCCUCAAAUUCAUCCCCGGCUUGAACCGACCGCUGGAAGAGGAAGAGAGCAAACUCUGAGGACUGAGCAGAGUUGUCCACUCACCCUCAAGAAAACAGAAUGAAAGACUUAAAUUACCAUUGACUGUCUAACUAACGUCCAAAGAAUACAAUACACACGGCACCAAAGACUGAAGAGAACGAGACCAAAAUGUAAAAUAGUUCUGCAGUUGCACCUCUCCAUGUUUAAAUUGCUAGACAUGAACCUUCGGCUACAUUCUGCAGCCCACAGUGUUUAACAGCUGUACAUAAGGUGUUUCCAUUUGUUUUGUCCUUUUUAAGUUAUUUAUUUAUUUUAACAUUUCUGAUUUAUGUACAGAAUGAAGGAAAUUUGGUUUUUACUGCAUGUACCAAACUUUUAUUUUGCCCGCUGAAUAAAUGGCCCGUUACAGCAGUGACUGUGCAAGACACCGUUUUGUAAAGAGACAAAUUUAUUAUGUUUUUACUGAGGAUGAUUCACAUUGAUCCUGUUUUUGUCUUGCCGGAGUUACAAUACCUAAAAAUAAAUAUGUGGCAUUUUGAGA